UAUAAAUUAUCUUUUCCAAAUCUUAAUAAUAUGGCUUGUGAGACUGAAAAAUGGUUGAUUUUGCAACUCUUUUUCUUGGCUGCAUGCUAUUUGGAACGUUCUUGUGUCGACGGAGAAUCACCUCAAGUGCCAUGCGUUUUCAUAUUUAGUGACUCCAUGUCUGACAAUGGAAACAACAACAAUCUUCAAACUCAAGCAAAAGCUAAUUACAAGCCAUAUGGCAUCGACUUUCCACCAACUGGACAACUAGGAAGAUUUACCAACGGACAAACAACAAUUGACCAUAUUACUGAACUACUUGGAUUCGAGAAGUUCAUCCCACCUAAUGCAAACACUAGUGGCGCAGACAUCACUAAGGGUGUUAACUAUGCAUCUGGUUCAAGUGGAAUUCGCGAUGAUUCUGGCAGACAAAAGGGUGAAAGAAUCCCCUUGAGAUCACAAAUAAGAAAUCAUAAGAUCAUAGUUUCCAAAAUAGUCAACAAGUUUAGAAGUGAAUCAGAAGCUAACAAAUAUUUGAACAAAUGCUUGUAUUAUGUGAAUACUGGCAGUAACGAUUACAUAAACAAUUACUUCAUGCCAGAAAUAUACCCAACAAGUCGCAUUUAUAACCCUGAACAAUAUGCUCAAGUUCUUAUUAACCAAUAUUCCUUUCAAAUACGGGAUUUGCAUAACAUUGGGGCAAGAAAAUUCAUACUAGUUGGGUUGGGACUAUUAGGUUGCACUCCAAAUGCUAUUGCUAAGAAUGGGAAUAAUGGAUCAUGUGUUGAAAGUCAGAAUGCUGCUCCAUUAAUAAUUAGUCAGAAGCUUAGAUCUCUAGUGGAUAAACACUACAAGAAAAUGUGUGAUUUGCUACGACAGAAACAAUAGCUAAUUUGUAGCUAAUCUCUAUCAAACAGAGUUAGUUGGAGAUUUAUUGGGGAUUAGCUACAAUAUAUGCCGUAGCAUAGAUUGAGUGGCUAAUUAUCUUGGCCAAAAUUUCCUA